UCUUGUCUGUCUGUCUGGCUGUCAGGUCUGCUGGUCUUCAUGUCGCUCGGCGGCUCUGCUUAUCCCGGUAUUCUGUCGUCUUCUUCCGACUCCUCGGUCAUUCUGCCUCGGCGAUCUCUGAUCGGGGACCGCGACUUCCCCCGCAGCUGAAGUGAAAGAGAAGAACACAGAGAUUGUAGUGCCGCCGGGGUUGUGAUCGAGAGGGUGAGUGAGUAGAUUGCUUCCAUGAUGAGAGAGAUCGAGGCAUUCCUCUCUUGCGGUUGGGAUCCAUGACCAGAGCUUUCUCUACCACCGCCAUCUCAACAAUGUGGAGGUCCUCAAUUACAUCCUCCUCUAAGAAGCUUUUCCCGCCAUCAUUCUCAUCAUCAGCCUAUCCCAGAGCAGAUGAAGUCAUACGGCCGCUGCUUUCCUGCUUUCAGUUCUUAUCUACGGCAUCCCCAUCGAGUUCGAUCCCAACAUCACAGCCACCAACUUCUGCUUUGGAUCCACUGAAGUUGGGAUUAGGACUGGGUGGCAAAUCCGAUGGAGUUAGGGCUUUCGCCUCCUCAUCUGCUACUGCCUUUGAUCUCUCUUCUCUCACAUCUUCAAAAGCUAGAGAUGCUGUGGACUUGGCUCGUCACUACGGACGUUGUUAUUGGGAGUUAUCGAAAGCUCGUCUCAGCAUGCUAGUGGUUGCUACAUCUGGAACUGGAUUUAUCCUUGGCAGUGGGACUGUUGUCGAUAUUGCAGGACUUUGUUAUACUUGUGGUGGAACUAUGAUGGUUGCAGCUGCUGCAAACUCCUUAAAUCAGGUGUUUGAGAUAAAUAAUGAUGCCAAAAUGAAGAGAACAAGGCAAAGACCACUCCCUUCAGGGAGGAUUUCUGCACCUCAUGCAAUUACGUGGGCAUCCUCUGUCGGUAUAGCUGGCACUGCUUUGUUGGCAUGCAAGGCUAAUAUGUUGGCAGCUGGGCUUGCAGCGUCAAAUCUUGUCCUUUAUGCAUUUGCGUAUACUCCACUGAAGCAGAUUCACCCUGUAAAUACAUGGGUUGGGGCCAUUGUGGGUGCUAUUCCACCGCUGCUCGGAUGGGUUGCUGCUUCGGGUGAGAUUUCUCUCAAUUCAAUGAUUCUUCCUGCUGCUCUCUACUUCUGGCAGAUACCACAUUUUAUGGCUCUUGCUUACCUCUGCCGCGACGAUUAUGCUGCUGGAGGAUAUAAAAUGGUCUCUCUUCUCGAUGCGUCGGGUCGGAGGACGUCCCUCAUUGCCUUGAGGAACUGCCUGUACCUUAUUCCUUUGGGGUUCUUUGCUUAUGAUUGGGGUCUGGCUUCUGGUUGGUUCUGUGUGGAAUCUUCACUUCUCACACUUGCGAUAAGCGCCACAGCUUUCUCCUUUUAUCGAGACCGAACAAUGCAAAAAGCGCGGAGAAUGUUUCAUGCAAGCCUUUUGUAUCUUCCUGUAUUCAUGUCUGGGAUCCUGUUCCACCGUCUCUCAGAUGAUCAGCAGCAUCUAGCUGAGAACAACUCCGAGAGGUUCCCUGAGCUCCUGUCUCCCUCGAGAAUGGCAUCGGAGGAAAAUGGCAAUGGCAGUGAAGGAAAGAACCAAACGAGGCAGAUUGCAGGCGGAUCUCGAGCCCGGCCACCUGUAGCAUAUGCCUCUUACGCUCCGUUUCCGUUCUUACCAGCUCCAUCUUACAUAGCACCCCAGUGACCUCGAGCCUCUCAUCUUUGUGUUGACUGGGCGCUUUCUUCAUUUUUUCAAGAGCAUGCUGUGGAAUGUUCAGAUUCCUUGAGCAUAGCUGUACUCGGCUUCCGGUUUUGUUUUCAGUUAUGGAGGCAAAUGGAUUCGGAUCAUUAUGCCCGUCUAAAUAAGCGCUACUGGAGAUCUGGGAGCGUCUCAUGUGACAGAUUGUGCAUUUAAGUGACAUUUGCAGGACUGCUUUGGAUGAACAUGCAUCGUGUGCGUGACCAAGGCAUUUGAGGCCAAUAAAUUAAGUUGUCGAUGCUACCGCCUCACCAUGUGCCAGAAACUAUUUAUGGUCAUCACCAUCAGCUCAAUAAUGUUUUGAGUUCAUAAUCCACUGCUACUCAUGCCGAGAGUGAAUUUGAUAGAACUUGCCAUUGAUGAUAUUGUGGCAGUA